GGCGCCUACAAUUCCAUAUGUCGUGUAAGGCAAAACUCAAAAGUAAAGCCGUUAUUCUCUUUUGCCCCUUUUCGCUAUGGCGAAUUGGUCUGACCUUCCAUACGAUUUACUUGUUACAAUAGCGAAGCGUGUUACGUUGAUGGAGGAUUUCGUUUUAUUUGGUGCUGUUUGUAAAUCAUGGCAAAGUGCUGCUACUAAAGAAAAUUUUGAUGUUUCAUCGCCCCAAGUCCCUUUGCUUAUGCUGGCUGCUGAUAAAGAUGAUGAUUAUCGAGAAUUUUACUCUCUUUCCAAGGAAAAAGUUUCAUGCAGAGUCUUUCUCCCAGAAGCUAAAGGGCGAGUGUGUUUUUCAACGCAGGGAUGGCUUUGCACCGCACAAUAUACAGGUAUAGGAGAGAUGACGUUGUUGCACCCUUUCUCACGAACCCAAAUCCAGCUUCCUCCACAUACUGGCUUGAGAAAUUGGGAACCAGCAUCAGAAGAUGACUAUGUGAUCGUCGACAUGGCUGUGUUAUCUGCUAACCCUUCCUUAACAUCCGACUAUGUUCUGAUGAUUUGUUAUUUUGAUCAAUUUGGUUAUUGUUUUGGUUUUUGGAGACCUGGAGACCUCUCCUGGACUACAAGUCCUUUCGAAAGAUAUGGUGAGAUCACCUAUAUCCACUACUAUGGGCAAUUGUAUUUCGUUGCUCGCAUUGGCAAAGUCUUUGUUCUGGACCCUAGCAAUCCUCAACCACCCCGCUUGGUUGUUGCGAUGGAGGAUGAUAUAUUAAGGCUGUAUGGGAUUGUGUUCUAUCUGGUUGACGUAUCGGGUGCACUAUUAUUUGUCACACAAAUUUGUGACUGUGAGGAACCAAAUGGAACCAAUGGUGGGUACCACACCUCUAAGUUUCAAGUUUGGGAAUUAAAUGUAAUCAAAGGAGAAGCAAAAGAGAUUAAAGAAUUGGGAGAUAGGGCUAUUUUUUUGGGGCGUAAUGCAUCUAUUAAUAUUCCCAUUAAUGACUCUUCUAAGUUUGCAAGAGUGAAGCGUAAUCACAUCUAUUUUACUGAUAAGUGGACAGAAUUAUUUAACGCACACGAAGGAGGUGGUGGCAGAGAUAUGGGGGCUUACAGUCUUGAAGAUGAAAAAAUCCAACCUUUUUAUCAAGGCAUUUCCGUUAGUCCUAUUUGUCCCCCAACUUGGGUUAUUCCAUCACUCUGAUAUGAAUGAUAUCAAAAAGGGAAUAUUGCACUUACUUUUGGCCAGCUAUUUAUGUUAAUCUUGUUUGACGGAUGUGUAU